GGUUUUCUGAUUCUUGAUUACUCGUACUACUGUAGAUCGCAUGCGUCCAUCGCCGUUCCUUCGUCGAGUUGUUUCGGAGUAUCGAUAACUUACAAAUUCCGUUUCCCAUUUUACUUCAUGACGUCGAUUAGUGUGCGUAGAAAUCUGCAUCACGGAAUGAACUGUAAUCUUUUCAGUUGUGACUUGUGAGCUAUUAAGCGUAAGGCGAGUUUCGCAUUUCCUCGAUUUUUUCUCAUUUGACUAACAGCAAUAUACAUCAGUUUUGGCAACGCCGGGAUUACUUCAUAAUUAUUAAUUUACCCUCACGUACACCAUUUAUCGAAUCAUGUGCUCCUUAACUACGACCUUAAGUUUUCAUGGUUUCGUUUUGAGCAUACGCCCGCUGUUUUAUAAUGCAAAACAUCUUUAUGUAUGAAUCUUCCGACUUGUGACCUAUAAAUGCAAUGCCGACUUAUGCUUGUUUGAACUUGUAUUGAAUCUAUCGAUUACACUUCCCAUUUUAUACAUUUCUGGAAUCCUUUUGUUCUAUUGGAAAUAAUAAUUUGGAAAGUGUGUACACUAAUGUCGACGAUGGAGCAAAUGGACUGCGACAACAAGAGAAACAGCUACAGUUUGCAUUUAGCCGACGAAAGCUCUUCUGCAAAAGAUCGGAGUUGUGGGCUCGGACAGCGGCACUUUGUGGCGAUUAUGGGAUUGUUGGGGAUUUUCAACAUUUACACGAUGCGCAUCAACCUUUCCAUGGCCAUUGUAGCAAUGGUUUCCACAAACACACCGGUGCUGCCAACAUCAAGCAGCUUGAACUUGCUGGAUAACCUUAACAACACCUUUCACCAUAAUCAAACCAUCUUGAAUUCGACGUCGUCGGUAGUUGAUCUGGAUGUUUGUCCGUAUCCGGAAUCACUCAUCGCCGAUGAUCCGCAAAAGCAGAAUUCAAGUUCGUCCACUCACACAGGUGCAGAGUUUGAUUGGGAUUCGGGGACACAAGGCCAGCUGCUGGGAUCGUACUUUUACGGCUACAUCGCCACGCAGCUGCUGGGCGGCUGGCUGGCCAAGCAGUACGGCGGAAAAAUGCAGUUCGGCGUGGGUAUCCUCCUCUGCAGCGUCCUAGCGCUGCUCUCACCUGUCGCCGCCCACGUUCACUACGGCCUUCUCAUGGCCAUCCGCAUCGGCCAAGGAUUAACCACUGGAUUCUGCUAUCCUGCGCUGCAGCAAAUGUUGGCGCACUGGAGUCCGGCGUACGAGCGGACGAAGCUUUCUACGUGGGCUAAUGCCGGAGCUCCCAUUGGAAACGUCGUAGUGUUCCUGGCAUCGGGUUUCCUGGCGCACAAUUUCGGCUGGGAGAGCGUCUUCUACGUUUUCGGAGGGAUCGGCGCUGUGUGGUGGGUCUUCUGGCAGUUCCUGAUUUACGACAGUCCCUUCAAGCAUCCGCGCAUCUCCCGCCACGAACUAAGCCUCAUCAGCGGCUCCAAGGAGAAAAUAGACCCCGCCCAGCACUCCCAAGCCAUCCGACAGCGGCGGGUGCCAUGGGUGCAGCUGGUGACCUCCCUGCCGGUGUGGGCCAUGAUGCUGUCGCAUUUUGGACAAAACUGGGGCAACUACACCCUUUUAACUAACCUGCCGACGUACAUGAAGAAUAUUCUGCAUUUCAAUUUGUCUGCCAAUGGACUCUUUUCGGCACUGCCCUAUGUGGCGCUCUGGCUGGUGUCCAUAUCAUCCGGAUACUGCGCAGAUCUGCUGCGCGAGAACCACUACAUGUCGACGACGAACGUGCGGAAACUGUUCAACACCAUCGGAAAUUUGAUCCCGGCGGUGGCGCUGGUGGCUGUCGGUUACGUGGGUUGCGAUUCGCUGACGGUGGUGGUUCUGCUGACACUGUCCACCGGCAUGAGCGGAUGCACGCAGUGCAGCUACCAGGUCAACAGCAUCGAUUUGUCCCCGAUAUUCGCCUCCAUGAUCUUCGGUAUCUCCAACACGCUGGCUAAUGUGCCGGGAAUCAUCUCUCCCUACACUGUGGGACUGAUCACCAGCGGCGAGGAUGGACAUACGAUUUCGAAUUGGCGUUUGAUCUUCUAUAUUUCCGGUGUGAUCCGCUUGGGAACGAUGCUGUUUUAUUUGAUCUUCGCGUCCGGCGAGACGCAGGCGUGGAAUGCCGAGAGCGAUGAACCUGUCGGGCAUCAAUGAUGCGAUUUGCUGAAUUUUAAUUAUUUUUUAAAACUCUAGUUGAGAUAAUUGUGAUGGAUGCAUCAUGUUGCACUAUAUAAAAUCGCGGUAAAUUAAAUAAAACUACUUAGCUUACAAGAAAAGGAAACAAAAAACAUUCGGG